AUGAAAACAAUGACUUUUUGUCAUCUUGAACUGUUGUUCUGUGAUUAUUCUACUUGUACUAUAGGUGUGAAUAACUAGUCUGUUUCAAUAUAAUGUCAUUACAGUCGUCUGCGACGCGGUUUGCAGAUUAUUUUGUUGUAUGUGGACUAGAUACGAGCACGGGUCUUGAACCAGAUCAGCUGUCGGGAGAUAAUUUACAGUGCCCACCACUUGACCGCCCAUUUAAAUCAAAAGUACUUCAACAUGUUCCUGAAAAUGUCCCAUCGAACCCUUUUGAUAAAACAGCUGUUGGAAUGCUGUGCAUGCCACAAGGUCUUGGCUUCUGUACACAGAAAGAAACAAAACGACCAAGAUUCCAUUCCUUUCUGAUUACAAAGGAGGAUGGAUCUCGGGUGUUUGGGUCUGCCUUGACCUUUUAUGAAGAGGUCAGGGACACAAAAAUAUGUGCUGCUAUGCAGACUUUACAGCACAUGUAUCGUGCUCAGCCAGAAGAUGAACACGAAGAAGAAAACCAGCCAUCUUUACAGCUGCGCCGAAGUCCGAAGGUCACCAAACGAUCUAGUCCCAGGCAGAGUGUCAAAGUCUUUGAUUCUAAAUUUGACACUCUCUAUGUAACCAAGUGCUUAUGUCUUAUCACUCAGUAUCCAUUUGUUACUGCACAGAAAGAAUACCUAAGACAACUGUAUGAAGCUGUGGAGAAACCUGUAAAGUCACACUUGCCCUUAGAAUGCUAUGUUUACAAUAUACUGUUUGAGGUUCCUCUGCCACAGCCAGGACGAAGCAUGAAGUUCUAUGGGGUUUCAAGGCCAGUUUUUACACAGAGACCAAUUUCUAUUACAACAAUUACCCAUGGUGUGAGUGAGCUCCCUUUGUUUGACUUCUCCCUCUGGGAUUUGUGCCGCUUCCUGGAGGUCAAGGAUCUGAUUCUGUUGUUCACCAGUGUUCUCCUGGAACACCAGAUUCUCCUGUACUCAAGUGAUUACCACAAACUGAUGACAGUAGCAGAGUGUAUCAAUGUGUUAACUUUCCCCUUCACCUGGCAGCAUGUAUAUGUUCCUAUACUGCCAGCAUCUCUCACUCACUUUUUGGAUGCCCCUGUACCUUUCAUCAUGGGCCUACACCAUGGACGAGAAAAACGCUCAGAACUGACUCUUCCAAGUGAGGCCAAUAUGUGUUUUGUGGACAUUGAUGACAAAACAGUAGAUGUUCCAGAAGAUUUACCUCCCUUUCCCCACCAUCAGGAACUGAAGGAAGAGCUUGUUCGGGCAAUUAACCUGUACAAAGUGUCCCUGGGUAAAGACUCAAGCAAAACGCCCAGUCCCAAAAAGUCUGGGAGCAACAAGGAAGAAUCCACCAUCAGUCGCAAUGAGAGCUGGACCAACAUGCCAGAGCGGAUGGAAAUCCUGAAUCAAAGCGAGGCUUUUGCAAAAAUAUCCGCUAUUGCCAAGAAAACUGGUGUGUGGACUUCGAUUGAAGAAUUCUCUGACAAGUCUGAAAAGGAAAAAGACCUAGAAAUCAAAGACUCCUCCUCCAUGGGGCAGAGGCAGAUUGACCAUUUGAAGUUUAACAACAUGAUCAGAGAGAUAUUUCUCAACCACUUCCUGCAUUUGUUCAGUUCCUAUGAGACCUUUGUGAUCCAGCCUACACAAGAUAUGGAGUCAUGGCUGACUAACAGAGAAAUCAUGCAGAACUUUGACAAGGCGGCCUUUCUCAGUGACCAGCCAGAGGGUUAUCUCCCUUUCAUGUCCUCUUUUACGGAGACUCAGAUGUUUGCGACACUGAUUGACAACAAGAUUCUGUGUCACUUUGACGAGGUGGAUCCAAAUCUACGAGUUUUCGAUUCACGACUAAAGAUCCUCAGGGAACGACUUGGAGAAUAUAUCACUCACACCUAUAGCCCUUGCACUACAGUAGAAGAUACAGAAAAAAUGCUGGAGAAAAGAGUCGUGUACAUAGAUCAUGUAUCCCUCCGCCCGCACACUCUGGAGGACCUAACCAGUCCAGCCACGGUAGAGACUGGCUUCUUCCCACAGAUUGAAACUGACGUCUUGAACGUCCAGAUCACUCAACAACCAAGCAAGAGGGAGAGUGCCAUGUGGAGGAGAAAGGACAGGUCCAUGCAGCACUCGGAACACAUAACACUGACCUCGGAGCAGAGAGAGAAGUACCUUCAAGAUGCCCGCCUCAAACAUGUAAGACAACCCAAGCUGACCGACAUGUCAGCUGCAGGGAUGAUGCAGACCAACUGGAAGUUUGUGGAGACGCUGCUCCAGGAAAUCAAAAACAAGACCAAAAGAAUGCUGGUGGAGAAAAUGGGACACGAAGCAAUAGAACUAGGUCACGGGGACGCGAACAUUAACGGCGUGGAGGAGAACACGAUGAUCGCCAGCCUGUGUGACAUGUUGGAGAGGAUCUGGUCCCACGGCCUGCAGUCCAAGAAGGGAAAGUCUGCCCUCUGGUCACAUUUGUUGAGUUAUCUUGAGCUACAAGACUGUAACUAUGGAAACCAGUGCCUUGACAGCAAUAAACUGGCCCCACCAGAGCAUUGGAAUCAUGCAUCACAUAUUUCAGUGAUGUCGUUGAGUCCAGAAGGAUUACAAGACCACCCCAGUCAAAUCAAAACUCAUCGCCGUAAAGGAAGCACAGGGAGGAUAGAGUUACCCACCCUGACUCCAUUGCCCAGCUCGCUGGCCUAUGACAUGAGGAAAGUGCAGCAAAUGGUAGAUAUUAGGACAGACGUGGGACAUGCUCGAGCCUGGGUCAGGCUAGCUCUUGAAAAAAAGAUGCUGGAAUCUCAUCUAAAAGAGCUUCUGUCUGAUGCAGAUUUACUCAGGAACUUGUACAAGAGGUAUGCCUUUCUAAGGUGUGAAGAUGAGAAAGAGCAGUUUCUAUUCCAUUUACUCUCACUGAAUGCAGUGGAUUAUUUCUCCUACACCAACUCCUUCCUUAACACAGUUGUGCCAUACAAAGUGCUGAUCUACCCCAGUCCAAAGUUUGGCUGCUCCACCACUAGUGCUAACCCCUGGAUCAGCUUCGCUGGCCAGCACGGAGAAACAGGAGUCAUAGAAAUUCCAAAGGGCUGUCUGGAAUUCAACGUAGAGCAUAAGAAUCUAGGGAUUUUGACGACACUUCGUAUUGGACAUGACAACACUGGCCUAACGCCUCGCUGGCUAGUGGAGUAUGUUCUAGUCCGCAACGAGUUGACAGGUCACCUGUACAAGUUUCCUUGUGGAAGAUGGCUAGGGAAGAUGGUGGAUGAUGGCAGUACAGAAAGGUUACUGGUGGCCCAGCUUCUUCCACAGCACUCUGAUACUUACGAUUUAGAUUUAGCAGUUGCUUCUUCACCUCCGAACAAAGCGCUGUCUCCAAAUUCACCCAAGAAGUCCCCAGAUUCAGGAUCCCUAAGCAUUCCAGAAAUUCAGGAGAGACUUGGACAUGCCAUAAAUAACCUAGUCAAGCAUUUUUACAAACCAGAAAAAGAGAGAGGGAACUUGACGUACCUGUUGUGUGGCGAGCAGGGCUUGGUCCACUGUCUGGAGCUGGUGUUCCAGUACGGCUUCCGCUCCUCCAGACUGUUCCGAAACAAGUUCUUCAUCUGGGAUUACCUUGAGAAGGUGAAGCAGUACUUUGAGGGGGUACUGACGGGUGAGGUGAGACAGGCCCUGAGUGAGGGGGCCCGGGCCGGCUACUGGAUCUACUGUAACUUCCUGUCCAAGAUUAACAGUGCCACUGAGUCUGUGGGCAAGGACGGCAAGUUCCAGAUCUUUGUCUGCGUCGGUAUCAGGGAUCAUAUACUGCAGAAGUUACUUCCCCUUAUCGCCAGCAGUCCAGUGACAGACCAGAUGUACGAGGAGAAUUCCUUCCUGAGGAACUACAGUCACAUCAACUACCUAGUCCACAUACUCAGCACUCUGGAGGAGUUCCAGAUCACGCUCGAGUCCUCACUGCUCCGAGGUCUGGAGAUCUGAGGGGUUCUGUAGACCCAACCAUAUUUAAGUAAUGGUAGAUUGGAACACAGUUCUUAACACUUUGUUCUCAUAUUGGGUAUGGGUAUUAUUAAAUCUUCCAAUUUUUUCUUCUAAUUUGAGAUUCAAUUUUUAACUCAAAAUCAGAAAUAUGUAUAUGUAAUAUUGAGGAAGUAUAAAUUUGUAGUUAAAAGUGUAUUUAGAAACAAUGUAAACUGUCGAUGAAAUUAUACGUGUACAAGUCUUCGUUGAACCCACCAAUUUGUUUUACUGUGUAAUUUUUGCGAUUUGCUUAACUGUUAUAUAUAACAUUUUGUUGCAAUUCUUCUUUUUUUUUUUGAUGAUUAUAUUUACCUUUAGCAAUUGAAUCCAUAAUUACUUUCUCAACUUCUCGUAUACAUGUAUAUGUACAAUUUAAUUGUUGAUAUUUUACCUUAUUUUACGUUUAGUUUUUGAAUUAUUCAAGAUACUAUACAUGCAAGGUUUUUGCAGCUCAAUUCCUUACCAACAUGACAGUCAUGUAGAGUACUGUUCUAUGUAUAUGCUGUACUUUAUGUUUGUCUCUGUAGGUAUAAGCAUUUUACAUUUAUUUUCCUGCCAGUAUGUCCGCAUAUUACAAACAUCUCUAAUGAUGUCUCAAACCUGUUAUAAUGUAUAUACCUUGGGGAAUUUUUUUUCUCCAGUGCAAAAUGUUAACUGUUAAUGAUGUAAAUGCUAACAUUGUAUCUAGUCCUACUUUCAAUGAACCUUGAUACAUGUAUGUGACUUCAGAGAGAGAGAGAGAGAGAGACUAUUGAAUUCCACCAAUAUUAUUUUGAAUUUUAAAAAUAUAAUAGUACAUGUAUUUGAUGUCAGACAGCAAUACUGUGCAAUACUUUGUGAUGACUGUGUGUUUAGUGAUGUUGAUAUUAACAAACGUUUGAUAAGAUAAAGGGUUUAAAAAUGAUGCAUUACUAAUACAUUUACUGAAUGCUUUGUACAAGUUGAUACCGUUACACCUUGUUUUAUUAAUUCUUCUUUUCUGGUUUUUUUGUUUUUUUUUAAUUGUGCAAAUUCUAAACCAGGUAAAAAAAAUCCCAAAGCAAGGAUGAUUUUUCAUGAGAUUUCAAUUAUCCUAAUAUGAGUAAUGGAAAUAUUUACAUGUAAGGUUGCAAUUCGAUAGAUAUUUAUUGAUAAUUGUGAUUUUUUAUGAUAUUAUUCAAAUCGAAAAAAUGUUUUCAACUUUCAUAUUUGCGAAUGAUAUGAAUUGUGUAAUUGAGUUGGCAAAAUACUUGCAAGGCGGUGUGGAUCUCAGAGGUUGUGUGCCCACUGCUACGUACAGUAUUUGAUUAUUGGACUAGGUGUGUGAUAGUUAAAGUUUUACACACAUCAUCUUGAUUAUGUUGUGCCAACUUUGUAUUAAUCUUGAAAAUACAAAUGUAGAUUUAGUAAAAGUUUAAGUUUAUUUUUUUUUUUAGCAUAACAUGUAUUAUGCAAUUAUUAAUAUAUUUCAGAAUACCUUAGAUACUUAAUUGGUGUGCCAAUUCUUAUUAUUUAUUUUAUUUCUUACUGUAACCGUAAUAUGAAUGUGAAAUAUUAUUCAUACAAGAUGAAGGAUUUUUUUUACUGCCAUAUAUACAAACAAUUUCAUGGUUGUAUGAAACAAUUGUCAAAGUGUUUCGAAAAUAAACCAAUUUUUUAUUUUUUUUAGAAUGUAGAACUCGAGAAUUUAUGUCAAAAGACUUGUAUUUAUUCUCAUAAGUGAAUCUUAGAAAGUCAAACCUUCUUCUUUCAGUUCAAGGCAUUCAUAUACUGUAAUCAAAUUAUCUAUCAAAAAGACAAACCUACCAGACAUUUUAAUCAAUGAAAUGAUUAAUUAAUAUGAUACUCACUAUUUUAGGUAAAAAAAUUCAUACUUUCAAAGCUUUAUUAACUUCAAGCUCCCAAUCAAGGAAAGGACAGAAUAUUAUCUUUUGGUAUACAGUUUGUUUUAAUUUUAAAAAAUCAUAACCAUAAAAUUAAUGUACAUUGUAUGUUAAUCCGUAUGUAGAUGAUCAACUCUCUGUAGAAUGGAGAGUAUAAUAUGUUGUGUACGAUUACUGUCCAUUAUAAUGCAUCCAGUACCUGAUCUCUGCCGGCCAAACUUUUGAUUUAUCCAAACAGACAAAAUCCCCCUCCCCCCUUUUAUCUUUCAACGUUUUGUACCCCGGGCAGACAGAGAUACAGAUAAAUGUAUGAAAUGAUUUAAAAGAUUUUUUUAGAAUGUUGAUGUAGUACUUGUUAUCCCUUUUCACGGACACUUUGCGAAUCCCUUUUGAAAUGUUUUCUUUUUUUCAUUUGUUUUAAGGAUUAUAUGUUAAAUUGUUAGUCAUUCUUUCUGAAUCAUGUUUGAAAUAAAUAUUGAAAAUA